CUCCGAUUUUGUAGAGAUUACUAUAACUUUUCGUAACUAUAAAGCAGAGUAAAAAUACAAUCAAAAAUGUACAUUUUAGAAUGAUUGUGGAACUGGGCACUUCGUGGGGUUAUCCCUUGCCUAAUGGCUCCUUCGACGGCAUGGUUGGUGCCUUGGGAAAAAAAUUAAUAGAUUUUGGAAGUUCGCCAAUUUUCAUUCGAGAAGAUCGAGCAAGAUUUAUAGACUACGGCCGAAAUACGUGGAGUUGGAAAGCAGGAUUUCUAUUCCGAAGCCCAAAAUCGAGGACUUCAAUCGAGAUUUUUCUGAAACCUCUCUCAACCUCAAUUUGGUUGAUCACAGGGGUUCUGGCAAUCGUUUCUAUUAUAAUUUUGAAAAUGGUAACAACUUUUGAACGGAAUAGAUAUCACAAUACGACUGAAACGUCUUGGAGUUUGUCGUUUUUAUUCACUUUGGGGGCUUUUUGCCAGCAAGGAUCACCAACGGUACCAAAAAUGGCCUGUGGGCGCAUCACUGCCAUUUCAAUUUUCCUACUUUCGGUGAUAAUUUAUCAGUUUUAUUCGGCAAGUAUCGUUUCCCACUUGUUAAUGAAACCAACAAGCAAGAUUAAAAACUUGAAAGACCUCACUGAGUCAACUUUGAAAGUUGGAUGUGAGGAUAUCAUCUAUAACAAAGACCUAUUUGCUCACACUACUGAUAAGGUCCUUAAAGAGUUGUAUUUCAAAAAGAUCUACGGAAAAGGUAACAUGUCUCACUUUUUCCCGCCGGAAAAAGGUGUUGAUUUAGUGAGACAAGGAGGAUAUGCUUUUCAUAUCGAGGUCGCUAGAGCUUAUCCUAUUAUUGAAACAACUUUUCCCGAUUACGCCAUAUGUGAGCUUCGAGAAGUAAAAUUAUUUAAAAAUACGGAUUUGUAUAACACGAUGCAAAAAGGGACACCGUUCCGUGAUAUGUUGGAAACUUGUUUUCAGCGUUUGGCUGAACAUGGAGUUUUGGACAGAGAAAAAAAACAUUGGCAUCCUAGGAAGCCAGAAUGUAUUCAAUCGUCUCAAGCUUUUGUAACUUUUCAUGUUGGUCUGGAUGAGUUUUAUCCAGCUUUGUUGAUUCUCUUAAUUGGGAUUGCAAUUAGUUUAAUUGUGUUGAUUGUGGAAAAACAAAUACAGAUGGCGAGAGAAAAAACGGAAAAUGAAAACAUUGCACGUUUGCCUUACACAGAUUAAAAAAAAACAUGGCAAUGGCAUUUAUUGUCCGCUUCUUUGCAUAUAUAAUUUUCAUCAGUCAAGAGUGAAGAAUUUAUGAAGUAGGUGUGCACCUGUCCCGUCUGCUCGGCAUUACAAGCAAUUUAAACUAUAUUCAAUGUACUUAAUUAUUUCUUGUUUAAAAAUUAAAC